AUGGUCCGCGAGGAUAUAAUACAGUCGGCGGUGUCUUUCCUCCAGGACCCGUCCGUUGCCAGCGCGCCCCUUGAGAAGCGCAUCGCCUUUCUCCAAUCCAAGAACCUCACACAAGAAGAAGUCGAUGUCUCACUCGCGCGUGCAGCCGAAGACCCCAGUUAUGCCUCAUCGCCUCCACCCCAGACAUCCGCAGUAGCCAGCAAUGCGUACAGACCACCACCGGCAGCCCCGUAUGGGAGCUAUCCUCCCCAACAAUACUGGCAACCGCCCCCGCCGCCUCCGGAACCGCCGAAACGCGACUGGCGCGACUACUUCAUCAUGGCAACGGUCAUGGGCGGUGUAGGAUACGGCCUCUACUUCACAGCGAAACGAUACGUCCUACCCCUGAUACAACCACCUACGCAGCCUCAGCUAGAGCAAGACAAAGCUUCAGUCGACGAAUCCUUCAAGCGCGCGUUCGAUCUCCUCGAGCAACUCAACACCGACACAACCGCUCUCAAGGCAUCGGAAGAGGCACGGACAACAAGACUGGAUGACGCGCUUGGUGAGGUGGAGAGCGUCCUGACGAGCCUCAAGGAGUCGUCGAAGAGACAGGGAGACGACAACAGACGUAUCGAGGAUGACGUCCGCGGCUUGAGGGACUUGAUCCCGAAGGCAUUGGACUCACAGAAGGAGUCCACCGACAAGAGGCUGCAGGAGCUGUCAACUGAGCUGAAGAGCCUGAAGACGUUGAUUGGCAACAGGAUGAGCUCUCCGGCACCACCACGCCCACAGAGCACCUCGGGCUACUACGGACAAGCGCAGUCGCAGUCGCAGACACCCAACACAAACGGCACACCCGCUGCUUCGGCAUCGACACCACAGCCGUCCUCUACUCCUGCGCCCAGUGAGCAGACCAACGGCACGAGCGCUACCGAGACCCAAACAAAUGGUAGCGCAACGCCCGCGCCCGCUCCCAGCCCUGCCACCGAGAAGCCUCUCCCUGCGUACGGUAGGCCCUCGCCGGGACGCGCCGCUAUCCCAGCAUGGCAAAUGGCUGCCGCAAAGAAGACCGAGGAGGCGAAGAAGGACACGAGCGAGAGCGGAACUGCGGUCGAUGCCGGCGCCAGUGCGUAG